UGUCGAGAGCUCGGGAGCGGCCCAGCUGAGUAGGAUGCUGGGACUAUCAGCCUGUCAGUCCUUGAGGGGCCACGCCCGCCAGCAGGCCGUCACCGUCCACCCUGCCAGAGGUCUGGGUGAUGCUGGAGCACCCCUGCCCAGGAGGCAAGAUGGCGGCUGGGCCAAAUGAGCUUGAGGAGUGGGUGGGCAGUGCCUACCUAUUUGUGGAGUCCUCGCUGGACAAGGUGGUCUUGUCGGAUGCCUACGCUCACCCGCAGCAGAAAGUGGCGGUGUACAGGGCUCUCCGGACUGCCCUGGCAGAGAGUGGCGGGAGCCCCGACGUGCUGCAGAUGCUCAAGAUCCACCGCAGCGAUCCGCAGCUGAUCGUGCAGUUGCGUUUCAGCGGGCGCCAGGCCUGCGGCCGCUUCCUCCGCACCUACCGCGAGGGGGCGCUGCGCGCCGCGCUGCAAGGGUGCUUGGCGGCGGAGCUGACCCUGCACUCCAUGCCGCUGCAACUGGAGUUGCGCGCCGGCGCGGAGCAGCUAGAUGCCUUGCUGACCGACGAGGAGCGCUGUUUGAAUUGCAUCUUCGCCCAGAAGCCCGACCGGCUCCGGGAUGAGGAACUAACAGAGUUGGAGGAUGCGCUCAGGAAUCUGACGUGCGGUUCGGGGGGCCAAGGGGGCGACGUUGAGGGCGCUCCGGCCCCCUCGCAGUCUCUGGCACCCUCUCCGUCGGAGGAGAAGCCACCGCCGCCGCCGCCGUCUGGCCAGACUUUUCUGUUCCAGGGUCAGCCCGUAGUGAACCGGCCGCUGAGCCUGCAGGACCAACAGACGUUCGCGCGCUCAGUGGGCCUCAAGUGGCGCAAGGUGGGGCGCUCCUUGCAGCGCGGCUGUCGUGCAUUGAGGGACCCGGCGCUUGACUCACUGGCCUAUGAAUACGAGCGUGAAGGGCUGUAUGAGCAGGCCUUCCAGCUGCUGCGGCGCUUCGUGCAGGCCGAGGGCCGCCGCGCCACGCUGCAGCGCCUGGUGGAGGCGCUCGAGGAGAACGAGCUCACCAGCCUGGCAGAGGACUUGCUGGGCCUCACGAAUCCCCAUGGCGGCCUGGCCUAGCCUGGGUACCAGAGAAAGGGGCGGUCGGCCAGUUGCCCAGCCAGGGUUUGGAGCACCUGGAUGACUGUAGGGUCCCUUCUGCUGCUACUGCUGACCUCCUGUCCACCCACGGGACUCUGAGGCCACACUGAAAACCAGAGAUGACUGCCCUCUCCAGGAGUCGGACAAGCACCCACAAUGUCUGCUGGGGUGCCACUGGGGGUUCUGUUCUAGAUACUAGGAUAGAGAGAGCGUAUGGGGGACCUGCUGCAAGAGGUCUGCCUCACCUUUUCCCACCGCAGAAGAGGGGCUUUCAGCCAGACCUUACCUCUUCAUUCAUAGAACAAUUUAUUACUAUUCAUUAAUUCAAUAUAAUUCAUUAAGCACCUGCUGUAACCUAGGCAUCAUCCUGGGUGCUGCAAAUACUGUGGUGAACAAAACACAUGAAUCCUGCCUGUCCCCAGUUCACACUCAGUCUGGGACUCUGAAUAUUAAGAAACAGUAAUAAAAUACUACCAGUUUUUUGAUGUGAAAAAUACAAGGAGUUCUGGGAGCAACUGAGCAGGGGCCUAACCCAGGUUAGGGGUUAGGCUUCCUGGGAGAGAAAUGAGUGUGAAUGUUGUGGGCGGUGGAAUGAGAGAGGGCAAUAUUCUGGGCAUGGUCAGCCUCAGGUGAGGUCUUGAGGAAGGUGAGAGGAAGGGAUUUAGAACAGAAGGUUUACAGUGGCUGGAUCUAGGGGUGGGUGGAUUUGCAGAGACCCAUUGUUGAGUGGGGGAGGCAGAUAGCAUGGGGUCAGGUAAACCAGUUUACAGAGUUUGGAUUUUAUCUGGAGGCUAGUGAGAGGCCUUUAAAGGGUUUUGGCAGUUAAGGCUGGGAGGCUGGUGAGGAUGCAGAGAGAGAGAAAAGACAGUGCCCCAGGCUGGGGCAGUUAGCAGCAGAGAUGGAGGGAAGGGAUGAACAUUGAGAGCUGUUUAGGACAAAGGACAACAGGCCUGGUGACACUGAAUGAGGAAGGUUGGAGAGGACUCCAGAGUUUCUGCCUUUGCCAGUUGGAUGGAAGGUGGAGCUGCCUGCUGAGAUAGGGGCCCUGGGGGAGGUGAAGUGCUUGCUCUGUUUGGCACAAGUUGGGCAUGAUGUUCCUAUAGAACAUCCAGGGAGAGAGUCCAAGGAUAGCUGGAUCUAUAGUUUUGAGUUCAGGAGAGUGUCGGGCCUAGGAUUCAGAAAUGUACAGGUGGGAGUGGGUGGGGUGGCCCAGGGGGAGGUCCUGAAGGUCACCAACCAGAAAAAAGAGCAACCCAAAGAGGAAGGAGGAAAACCAGAUUUGGAAGCCAGGGGAAUACCCACCUGCUGUGAUGGAGGCUGCAAAUCUGUCAAAGCUGCGGACUGUCCACUGGAGUCAGGGAAAAGGUUACUAGGUGGGGGCUGUUUCUGGGACAUGGUGUGGACAGCCUGAAACCAGACCACAGGAGGGAUGGGAGGUGAGGUAGCAGAGACAGCCGGACUAGAGGACUCCUGAGAAGUCUGUGACCGGGAGAGUGAGGCUCAGGUUGGAAGGUUUAUUUUGUAAGGGAGAAUAUUGGUGGGAAGAAGUCAGAAGGCACAGUCAUAGCCACUGGAAAGAGGAUGGCACUGGGUAGCAGUGCUGGUUCUCACAGU